AUGGAAUGGUUUCCUUGGGCGUCCAUGCACGCCCAGUGUGGCAAGCCACUGUGCAUGGACACCCACAGGGUCGAGGCCGUGGGACCAUCUCUGGUCACCCAGUUGCCAAAGCAAGAUCGACGAGGAGUUUGGCGUGAUUAUAAUCCAGACAGUGACGACUACGAUCCUCGCAGUGUUCCACUCUUGCCUCCCCCUGAAGAUCCGCACAAGGAGAUUCGUCGACAGGCAUCAGCUCUCCGUGGACGCAUCAAGAGGGGUGGAUCCGAGAAAGUUCUUGCACAUUACAAGAUGGUCCUUGAG